AUGAAAGAAUAUUUUUCUAUGCAGGUUAAAACUUAUUCAGCUUAUGCAAAACUGGCUCAAGCCCCAUUUGGGUUUCAAAUGCCAUGCAAACCUACAGACGCGAAAGCAUGGUAUCACAUACCUACAGGCAAUAUAAAGUUCGCAAUCUUUGAAGCUGAAAGUGGUUGUUUGAUUAUCAAGGUGGAAAAGGAUGGGAUAAUCAUGGAAAUCGCGAGUGUUGACAUAUUCGGUAGCGACAAGUACAUUCAGUUUUCUGCUCGAUCGCCUUCAAUAUCAUGUAAAUAUAUUGUUCGACAGGGCAUAAACUUAUUCAUCAAGCGAUUCCAGAUAGCCUUUCAUGAUGAAAAGGACUUUGCUAAAACAUGUAGCACACUUUCCUAUCUCAGGUUUGUCGUGAAAAAUGCAAGGCCCAGUAUACCACUGAAUAAUGCUGUACACAACUCGCAGCUCCCUUCAGAUAUGAGGGAAAAAUUACCAUAUAAAUCAAAUCAGUUUUCACAAACGACUCAAAUCUAUCAGACACCUUCGAUUUUGCCUUGUGAAGACGAAAGAAAAGACCUAAAUGAUGCUUUAAACCCGAUCAGCUCUCAGCAAGCACUAUUGUAUGAUAGUUUUUCUCAGAACUCCGAACAAUAUCAAACUAUUCAGGGCAUUGUAGGGACAACUGAGGCUGGACAUACUAACGUCACACUUUCAGCUAAGCAAAGCAUUUCCAGGUGCUUGGAACCUGCUGGUACUGACAAUGGUACGGAUCUUGGUGUUACUCUUGUCGAUGAACCUUCUGACAAGGAGAUCCCGGGUUUAAAAAGCAAAAUGGAAGCAGCACUCAGUACCAGGCAGUCAGAGGAUCAUUACGAACCGACCGAAGUACCAGAUGAACCUGAAAAUACGCGAUUUUUACCUGCGUAUACAACAAAGGGUUUGGGUAAGUCGAUUGAGAGCGCUCUUCCCACUGCCUCUGCAAACCCUACCUUGCCCGUCUCUGAACCAAAUGCAACGAGGCAACCAAUUGUUCCAGCCCAAUGUGAGAAAAAGGAAAUCCGCCCAGGAGAGAGACUUCACAAGGAAAGCAUGGAAAAGCCAAUAGAACAGUCUCUGGGAAAGACAAACCCAAUAAUGGCAAGAACUGAGGUGAAAAAAGGCCUACCAAAAGUAAGUAUUACGAAGAGGAUUAUUGCACAAAAAAUGAAGGAUGAAAACUUUAUGAAAUGGGUUAAAAAGGUUGAGUCCUCUAUGUUAGAAAUGUCCAAGACAGAAAAAGAAAAAUAUAAUACUAAAAGCUAA